CAGUGUGCCACCACCUGCCACAGGUUUCCUGUUUUCUUCUUUUGUUCCAGACACAUUCACAGCGAUGACGGAGACUGCAGUGUCCAAGAAACCACGAAUAAUGGCAGAGGAACCUGAGGAGUCCAACGACGGUGAAAAGAUGCCAAAGAAGCCUAAAAGUUCCUACUUUAAGAGUGAGGAGCUAAAGGUCAAGACCAACAACGAUGAACAUCGCACCUUAGAGAUUUCAGAAACGGAGCUGAUCGUAAGGCGAGGCCAGAAAUUCACUGUGGCUGUUGAACUAAUGGAGUCUUUCAACCCUGAUCUCUACAAGCUCAACUUCUGUGCAAAGAGUGGAUUAAAUGCAUCUGAGCAGCUGGGGACCAUGUCAUGCUUCAGUAUCCCCCCAGGUACUCAGUGUUCUCCAGAUGCGAUGGUGGUGUGGAAGGCGGAGCUCUGUCAGUGCUCUUCUCCAGAAAGGGGCAAGUUGUCUGUGAUCAUCACCCCCCCAGCCAAUGCCCCCAUAGGGAUGUACCAGGUGACCAUGGUCUACAGAGAAGAGGAGACUCUACUGACCAACCUGGUGGUGCUCUUUAACCCCUGGUGUCCCGACGAUCCAGUGUUUCUGUCUGAUGAGGCAGAGCGACAGGAGUAUGUGAUGAACGAAGAAGGACUGGUCUUCGUAGGGAGCUCUGACUACAUCAGUCGCGUAAAAUGGGACUUUGGACAGUUUGAAGAUGACAUGGUGAAGAUCUGCAUGAUGAUCCUGGAUAAAAGCUACUCGCAUGAGAACGACCCAGACAAAGAUGUUUCAUCUCGUGCUGACCCCAUCUACGUCAGCCGGGUCGUUAGCGCCAUGAUUAACAGUGAAGAUGACCAUGGGGUCCUGGAGGGCCGGUGGGAGGCACCUUAUUCAGAUGGGUAUUGCCCCACCCACUGGAGUGAGAGCCACACCAUCCUUAAACACUGGUUGGAGAGCGGCUGCAAACCCGUCAAAUACGGACAGUGUUGGGUUUUCGCUUCUGUGAUGUGUUCAGUGAUGCGUCUGCUGGGUAUUCCUACUCGUGUAGUAACAAAUUUCGACUCAGCGCAUGACACCAAUGAGAACCUGGUCAUCGAUACCUACUACACGGAGGAAGGACUUUAUAUCGACUCAAUGGACAGCAUCUGGAACUUCCAUGUGUGGGUAGAAUCGUGGAUGACACGACCAGACCUGGCAGAAGAUGGAAAAUUUGACGGAUGGCAAGUUGUGGAUCCAACGCCACAGGAGCUCAGUGAUGGUCUGUACUGCUGCGGUCCAGCAUCAGUCAAAUCCAUACAAGAUGGAAACAGUGAUCUGAAAUAUGAUGUUCCAUUUGUCUUUGCUGAGGUCAAUGCUGACUGUGUUGACUGGCUGAUGAAUCCAGACGGUUCGACAGUACUGCUCUCCAGGGACACAAAAACAGUUGGAAACAAAAUCUCCACCAAGACUGUUGGUGAAGAUGAAAGAAUGGACAUCACCAACAAAUACAAGUACAAAGAGGGUUCAAAAAAGGCAAAGGCUAUUUUCAAAAAGGCAAAGCGUAAACUCAAGUCCAAAGAGCGGGAUGAAAAUAAAGAUGACGCAGUGGAGGAUAGUGGGAUGGAUGAGCCGACAGAUGAAAUGGAGUUGGAUGUGGAGGCUGAAACUGGAACCGAAGACACUGUGGACGAGCCUCCACCUCAGAAACCACUGUCCAUGCACUUUGAAGAGGUGUCCAAGCCUUUAAAUGGUAAAGAUGUGGAGAUGAACCUGGUCAUUCGCAGUAACAGUAAAGAUCUGCAGGUUCUGUCCAUUAGCAUCAGUGUCCAGUCAAAGACAUACAGCGGAUCACGAGGAACAAACAUCCAGUCUGAGGAGAAGGAGAAAGACCUGCCGCCUGGAGAAGAUCUGUCCAUCCCUGUCCUGGUCAAGUUCUCAGACUACUGGGAAGCCAUGGUGGACUGUGACACUAUGAAGCUUUCAGCCUUGGUCAAAGACAAAGAAAAUCCAGAGAAAAAGUACAUGUGUGAGGACAACGUGGUGCUGGAGAACCCCCCACUCAGAGUCACAGUUUUUGGUGAAGCCACAGUGGGCCAUGAGUCAUCGUUUGAGGUGGCGUUUGACAACCCAGUUGACAUCACACUGAAGGACUGCACACUGACCUUCAGUGGAAGUGGACUGUGGAAAGAUGAACUAAUGAUCACUCUUUCAGAUGUGCUGCCAUUUAAGUCCUUCAGCAUCAAGCAGACUUUUACUCCAUACAAAGCUGGAAAGAAGACUCUGGUGGCUGACUUCGACUGCUCUGUGUUCAGAGACAUCAAGGGCAGCACUGCAAUCCACAUCAAAAAAGCAGAAGAGUGAGAGUGCAGACCAGAGGGUUCCACUUCCAUUCACUCAUGUACAGCUACUGUUCUACUGGUUCACUGGUGGGGUCGGGUUUUACUUGCGUUUACUCUCCUGCUGGGUCACAUAUGGGCUUUGGACCGUGUAUGUGUGUAUGUGUGUGUGUGUCUUUUCCAUGUGAUACGCACAGUGAUUUCUAAAAUAAUUAGUUUAACCCUUUAACCCCUGAGCCAUGAUUCCAGGUAAAGGUGCUGCUGUGAAUUUGCGUCUGUUUCAGUGUCUUAAAAGUUGCUGUGAGUAUGUGCUUGUGUUCCUUUUUUUCGAUGGUUUUGCUUUACUGUGUGUUUUAGGGUCAAAACAGGGUGACACUAUGUUCAGACAACAGGUCUUAAUACACAAUUCAGAUUUUUUGGUGAAAUCCGAUUUUUUUGUGUGCUCAUUCAUAUUACACAUUAAAUGUGACUUCUGUCAGUUUUGAGUAUGAACUGAAUAUGACCCUGAAGUGACCUACAUGUGCA